AUUAUCACUUUGUGUACUGUGAUAAACAUGAUUGUAACUUUUACUUUUUGAGUUUUUCAGAUCGUUUCAUAAAUUGUACUACUUGCUUUUUUUUUUAUUAACACCAUUCAUUCUUUAAAAAAAUCUCAUCCAUAAAAGUCAGAAAGAUCGUGUCUCAGCAACAACUUUUCUGAUGGUUCAAUUGUUUUUUGCUGUGCAAAGGCGGGAGAAAGAGAAACUAGAAAGCACCUUGUGAUAGCCAAACCUUUCGCGUUGGAAGAUGAUAAAGAUUCUGAGCACGCAGCUUCGAAUGGCAUCCGUCGGAUUCUUAGCCUGUUCAAGAACGUCCGCCUUGGAUCUGAUCUCACCAAUUUUCAGCUGCCACCUCAGCUGAACCAACCAAGAUCACAACUUCAAUGUUAUGGCGAGAUGAUCUACAGCUUCUGCGGUCAGGAUCUCAUGGGAGAAUGCAGCCGUCGCGAUCUUCCCAUCGAACGGCUCAAGUCGGUGGUGAUGUGGAACAUCUCCACACUCCGUCCAAUAGUUUUUGGUAUGUCACCGUACAACCCCGUUCUUGGAGAGACUCACCAUGUCUCAAACGGUCACAUCAACGUCCUCACCGAACAAGUAUCGCAUCAUCCUCCAGUGUCGGCACUUCAUGCGACUCACGAGAACGAAAAUAUUGACGUGACAUGGUGUCAAUAUUUCACUCCCAAGUUCCGUGGUGCUUACGUAGACGUUGAGGUAAAGGGCAGAAGGAUAAUGAACCUUCUGAAUCGGAAAGAGACUUACGAGAUGGACCAACCAAGACUUGUUGUGAGAUUCCUACCUGCUCCUGGAGCUCACUGGACCGGAAAAAUCAAGAUAAAGUGUCCAGAGACCGAUCUCGAAGCUGAACUACACUUGAUAUCCGAUUCACUCAUCGAAAGAUUCAAAGGCAACAACAAUAGAUCAAUCAAAGGAAAGAUCUCUCAGACUUCCUCUGGAGACAAGCUCUACGACAUCUCUGGCCAUUGGGAUAGAACGGUAAUGGCCAAAAAUCUGAAGACCGGUGAGGUGGAAGUCAUAUACAAUGCCAAGGAGAGUAUCUCAGGACUCAAACCUCCAACCGUGAAGAAUCUGAAAGAGGUAAUGGAGACCGAGUCUGCGAUGGUGUGGAGCGAAGUAAGUGAAAAGAUACUAAAGAAAGACUGGGAAAAAGCAAGAGAAGCUAAGAAAGGUGUGGAGGAUAAACAAAGAGAGUCUCUGAAACAGAGAGAGGCUUCUGGUGAGUCAUGGGUUCCCAAGCAUUUCUCAGUGGUUAGAAACGGUAAAGACUGGGACUGCAAACCGCUGCAGCCAGCGGUUCCUCGUGCUCCGCUAGUUAUCACAGAGGCACAAGGAGAUAUCAUUAACUGAAUAUCAAGAUUCCAAGACUCUGUGUUCAUGAUGGCUUAAGUUUUACUACAAUAUGUUCAUGAGAAUAAUAAAACUUAUAGAUAGAGACCGAACCAAAAUGAAAUUCUUUAACCAAAACUUUCUGAUCUAA